UAAAAUUGGCCGUAUUCGUUGAUGUAGAAGCAUAUCGCAAGUUUAAGGCUAUUCUAAACGAUGAUACAAAGAUUACCGAUAUGAUGCAUGAAUAUGUGAGUUAUAUCCAGACUUUCUUUCAUCUUCCGAGCUUGGGUAUCCCUAUCGAUAUUUCUUUGGUACAUUUAAACAUUUUGCAAAAUCAACCGGCAACUUUGAAUGUUACUGACAGAAGUUUAUCAUUGCUCCUUUCGUUCUGCAAGUACACGAAAGCACUCAAUCCUCCAUAUGAUAACCUGACAGAUACAGGUCACUGGGACAUUAGCCUUUACAUAACAGGAACAGAUCUUUUUGAGUACGAAUUAAUAGCUCAUGGGAUUGCAGUGAAAACAAACUAUGAAGUUUGGGGACAAACUUACUUUGAUGGCGCAUGCAGCCACCAUAAUUCAUGCGCGAUAGUCCAAUUUCUUCCAUUUGAAGUCGAAAGUUCAGGUUUAAGAUCGUCUCUUAAUGCCGUUCAUUUAAUCGGCAGACUUUUAGGAUUGGAAUAUGAUUCGGAACAUGAAACUGGAUAUUUUUUGGAAUCGGACGAUGUGUCCAUAAUGUCACGGGUCCGGCCAUAUCGAGGAAACAUAACAUGGUCCCCAAAGAGUCGUGAAAAGAUAAAAAUUCAGUUGAAAGAGAAAUCGUGUUUUCAUGAUAACACGAGACGCAACUAACUCGAUAAUGAUGACCAUGAUUAUGAGGAUACUUGGUCGACAUGUUUCAAGAUCCGCUUUAUGAUGGUUUACACGGAAGAAAAUGCACCGCCAGAGCACAAUGUGAAUUAUUUUUGCGCGACAAACAUCCGAACGUGGUCACGUUGCAUGAUAUAUGUCAAAGUUUACAAUGCGAGACGUCUCUCAAGAGUGAAUCUUAUUUCGCCGGACGCGCACUGAAUGUUUUUCUUUCUGAAAACAUUCUCAAAUUUUAUCGAUUAAUUUCAUUGAUACUUCAAAUGUAUCGAUUUUAUUUAGAAACUUAUUGCGCACUCGAGAAUGAAUGCCGUGGCGGCGAAUGCGUGACCGUCAUCGAACCGCCAUACAAUUUUAAGUAUUGUGAAAGUAAUCAGUGGAGUGAAUGGAAGGAGAACUCCUGUAAGAAAAUUUGUUUAAUGAAAUCCAAAGGCGUACUAGCCAAACGAUGUUUUUGCAAACAUCGGACUCAUAAAACGACGAAAUGCAUAGGACCAUAUUACGACAUGGUUUUAUGCGAUAAUUUUUUACUUUGUACUGAGAAACGACAGACCAUUGAUGAGUUUACUACCACGAAAUGCAUGAAAUUCAGUAAAAUUGCAAACGAUGAAGAUUUAUUGGUCAAACUGUCGUUAAUUUAGCCGGGAAAACAACGUCUUCAUGAUGCCGAGAAACCGUAGACAGCGUGUACUAUACAUUGCCGAGUGAAAGAGUCAUUAGACUAUUACGCACCACGUUUAGAAUUGCUUAAUUUUGGCGUCGACCCAUUCUUUCCCGAUGGAACGUGAUGUCACAAGAAAGAAGGCCAGGACUAUUAUUGCUGUCAGACUCAUUGUCUGCCGGAAAGUUACUCAUUUGAAGAAUAUAAUAAAUUCAAAGAAUAAUUAGCGAUACAUGAUCAACAUGUAUGUAUGAAUAGUAAUUAUAG